AGGUGUGGUCUAGUUUUAUUUUCCCGGACUAUCCCGGGCUAUACACGUGACUAGAAGGGCGUGUCAUAUUGAACAAAAUGGCUGCCCCUUCAGAUUCUUCUCUCUCUAUGCUGGAGGCCAUAUUCCCUGAUACUGACAAGCAGUUGCUACUGGAAGUGCUCAGACAGUCCAAGAAUGAUGCUCAAGUAGCAGCUAACAAGUUAUUGAAAAUGAAUUCAAAGAAGAAACCCAAAGAGACUUCAACACCACAGGAACCUCCUCUUGCCCCUCCCCCUUCCUCCUCCUCCUCCUCCUCUCAGUCUCAAUGGCCUAACUUUACCAGUGGGAGACAAUCACAUGAAACUGGUCCAGGGUCUAGUGGGCGGGGUUUAAUUUCAGAGGCCCCUGUUGUUAAGAAGUUGAUAUUAAUACGUGGAUUACCAGGCAGUGGGAAAUCAACACUAGCUAGGUGAGGGGGUGGAUUAAUUAAUUAAUUAA